AUGCUGCUUUCGAAAGUGCAAGAAGCGUUGGGCCAGAACGACGUAGCCUGCACAACAGCUGAGGCAGCUGCACUCACAGCCACCACUGCAUCCGACUUGCAAGAGGUCUUCUGUCUGCAGCCGGCUGUCUUAAACGGGGUUAGGGCUUGGCAGCGGGUGGCGCGGCUUCUUUUGACCCAGAAGCAUAUGACUGCAGCAGCCAAGCUGACGACGCGUUUGUUGCAGCUGGCCUCGGGGCGGCAGCCUGCAGCCCUUGAUAGAACGUUGAAGUUGAACGUCACAUCUGAGGGGAGGGGCCAAGAGCGCGUGACUAAGGGCGAAGAAUCUCCACCUUCCAUUUCUUUGAAGAGCGACGAGCUGUCAAGCCUUCCGGUGCCUCCCAGCGGUGCUGGAACGGCUGCGAGUCUUCUGCCUGCAGCAGGAGCUAUUUGUGCACCCCCAGCAGUUGUGGAGCUGCUAGUGCUGCUGGCGGAUGUGCUGGUCGCAACAGGACAACCAACGAAAGCCCUCUGUCUUUGCAAAUGGGCCCGCUACUACGCAAAGGAAGCUCAUCUCGAAAGAGCGGCCGCUUUUUCAGAUGCAAGUCUGCUGGCCUCGCAGAUAGUGGCUGAAUGUCCCGCCCUGCUGAAGGUCGCACAGACAGAAGACGUGGAAGUUAUCGCCUGCUGGCGAACGGACCCUCUAGACGACGGAACCGCUAGCGGAGACUCAGAAGGGGAUGCGGGCGUACUUUGGGGGCAGGUAGCCAGCUUGAGGAGAGAUGCGCUGCUGCAACAACAAGCACAAGCGCAGCACAGCAACAGGAACAGCAACAGGAGCAGCAAUAACGGCACCAGCAACAGUUUGACUUCAAAAGCAGACACUUCUCUUCGGAGGCAUUGCGUUCGGGAAGGCAUUUCACAAACAGACAUUGCAGCAGCUGCAGAUGGCCAGCAGGAGAUAGCCAAACAAAAGCAACCGUCAAUACAAUAUCAAGGGUUGACGGCGUGUGAGUUGUGGCAGUCUUCAGCGCUGCCGACUCUUUACCAUUUGAAUAAACCCGAGGAGCGUAGCGGAGAUGCUUCUCCUGCAAAAGGAGAAUAUUUGAAUUUAUACGACCCGAAAAACCAAAGGAAAGCAGUGCUUCUCCUCGAACUUGCAGAAGCUGUUCAACAUCAACCCGGGCAAACCGCUUCAUAUUUCAGUCUAGUGCAACUGGCAGGCGAACAACUGCAACGACUUGGGGAACCAAACCCGCCUCUCUGCGUUCGCGUGUGGCUUCACCAGCUGCAUGCGUUCCGCCUGCAGCUCGAGUUGCAGCUGCAGCAGCACCAGCUUCUGCUGCAGCGCCAGCAGCAGGACCUGCUGGUGGGCCCUGCAGACCAUCCCGUUGAAACUACAGACAGCAACGUUAAAGCAGAAGACCAAACACUCCGUCUGGAUGUCAUGCUGACUGGGCAGCUGCUGCGAUACUUCAAGACAGUCGUACAGAUCACCGCCUUCGUAGACACCUACUGCGGCUCAGACUUGUACUUGCAUAGGGAACUGUUCUCCGAGGCACUGCUGCUGUCGGUGCUGAUGCUGGCUGCUUCAAAGCAGCUUGCUGCACAAGCCACUUCGGGUGCUUCGGCGUUAGGUCGCUGCGACGACAGGGGAGACGAGCUGCUGAAGCGGGUGUCGUUCAGAGGCGCCCAGCUGUGCAUGCUGGCCCUUUGUGCAGUCGAAAACCAGCGGCAGCGAACUGCAUAUCAAAUGAACAACGCAGAACUUGAGACUACUCUGCAAAGCGUGCGCUGUCCAAAGCCUCUUGUUCGUCUCUUCGCAUCCCUCUUCCAUUCCUACAACUCCGAAAAGUGCAACAACGAAGUCUCUGUCGAAGAAAACUUCUCCUGCGGAGCCGCUCUGGACCUUCUACAAGAGAUGACUCGGCGAUGUGGAUCGCGCAUGGGGGUUCUGUCCCAAGAUCGCCGCAUAGUCAACUGCCUGCACUUUGUUCUUUUCAGCGUCCUGAACAUGCAGGCGGGAUUUGGAUUGUCGCCUCUCUUGGCUGCAGACGCAUUUGCGGGGUCAUUAGGGUUUCUGGUGAAGCAGGCAGAAACGAGCAGUAGCUUUGGUGCGAACAGCAGGAAAGAGGCACAAAAGGAAGUCAAUAAGGGCCAGCAGCAAGCGUAUGAUACAGCAUCAGGAGCAGCAGUAGAACCUGCUGCUGCCUCUGCCGGCUAUAGCGGGAUAUUGCUGGAGUGCUUGCGACCUCCACAGCUGCUGCAGGGUGCAGGCAGUAGCGGUCCCGUUGCCGUAGCAGCGCAGCUGCUGUGGCUGCCACCGGGUGCAGCAAACGAGGAGAGCCUGGAGCUGCUGCGUCGUGCGCUGUCCGCUGCGGCCCAAAGUGUUUUGGGGGGGUCCCAAGAUGAAGGGCCCUCUGCGUUCAGCCGCGCCACCGUCACCAGCACGACAAGCCGCGGUCACUUCUCUCUCGCAUUGAACACCACUAAACAUGAAUUCCGACAAACGGGAAAAGGACAUCAGCAAACCACUUCGCGCGAUCAAGCAGUCCUUGUUGCAAUCUUCGCUGGGCACGAGGUCGCAGCGAGCAGUCCCACCGCCGAGACGUUGUCCCAUACUCUGCCGAAUCUUAAUAAUAAUAUACGUAACAAUAAUAGUUAUAGUAAUGAUGGAGGGUUUGGGGUGGCGGUCUGCAUGAAGACCUGCAGCAGGCAGAGGAUCCAAUCGCUUGCUGGUGCCUGCCACUGUGCUGCUGUUGAAUGGCGGCGCACGUUGAAGGCACAGCAGUCUGCCGGAGGAAAUAGUGGAUAUAUUACUGCUGUCAAGACAGAAGAUGAGUCCUUGGAAAGCCGCACUCUGGACAUAUUCGCCCGCGUAUUCGUCCUCUUCAGCGAAGGCAAGAGGCUAUGCGCAGAUGCAGGAGAUGUUGUAAAUGCACUUGAAACGGACCUUGCUGAUAACUCUCCAGCUGGCGAUUUUACUGCAAGUAGAGCAGAUAGAAAUACCCAGCUGCAGCAGCAACAACAGGAACAGGAGUACAGCGGGAGCAAACAAGACGGAAAGCUGCCUGCCUCAGCGGCUUCAAGUGUAACUACAGAUCGCAUUCGCCUCCACGUAGCACCAGCUCGACAUGGGGAUCUACCCAAGGGCUCGCCCGUUGGAGCACUUCCAGCAGGACCAGAACAUAGCGGCGCCUUCAACACUCCAGGAGCUUCUGGAACUGAGCACGGCAGCAAGUCCAGUGGAGUGCUGCUGAACAGACAUCGCUCUCGCGCGCGGAAGAGUAUUGCCGACUUCUUGGCAGAGACGUCAGGCAUUCAAAAAACGAGUCUGGAGGCUGAACGCUCAGAAAGCUACUCAGCAGCUGCGCGACUGCUAACGGAACUGAAGAAAGAGGCGCGUGCCGCCGAGGAGAAUCCCUAUAGUAGUAAUAUUAACAGUAGCAGCAAUAAUGCGCAUGCAAAACAAGGGAAGUCGGCUGGGGAGCGAAACCUGACGCCAGCGAAGGACAACAAACCACAACGCAACAACUUGCCUCAGUUGACAGAGGAUAGUUUGGCGCGUGACUCUGCAUGUUCGGUUGCUGUAGCGCUAGAGUUUUUCAGCUCUCUUUUGGGGGCCAGUGCUGUCGCCUUUGACUGCACACUCGAACCCGCCUGCAGGUUUCUCUCACAGGCGUUGUCUAGACAUCAGGCAGCCGUCCUCAACGAGGGGAACUCCUCGUAA